ACUGCGAUUUUCGAUCCACUUAUUCACUUUUCAAAUCCAAAUCCUUGAACAACUCAAUGAACCUCCCGAAGAGGAGCGGGAACUGAGAACCCAUCGCUGCUCGUCAUAUUCUCGGUCUCGAGGUGUCUUCGAGUGCCCGGAUUUGGUGUCUGAGCUUGUGUGGGUUCGAUCGCAGACAUCAGCGGUCGCUUUGAAAUUUUCCUCAGGUGUUUGAUUUUGAGUCUUGGGAAUCCCGGUUCUAACGAGGGCGAGAUUUGUAUGGGCUGCUCUGGCAGCGGAGAGUGAGGGUUUCAAACCUUGGUGGGCAGGAAUUUGCAGAAUUCGGGCACCAUGGGACGGAAUGUCGUCGAAAUUUCGAUGGGUCGUUGCUAGCUUGCUCUGUGGCUUCUUGAUCGGCCAGUUUGUGCGAGAAAGAACUGUGGUCACUGUCGUGUUGUUCGCCUCACUGUUCUAUCUCAUGCGUGGGGACGUUUACUCCACCAGUCGCCUUCGUCUUCGUCUUCGGCGCUCUGCUCUUCCUGAGCUCUUCCUAUGUGAAGAGAAGACUUCUGAGGAGAGCGAGAAGGUCGUCAAGGAAGGAAUGGCGGAGAUCAUUGUCCUGGAUGAUGACGAGUCCCAAGAGCAGAGGAUGCCCACUCAGCUUACGCUCACGCAGGAGCAGAGGAAUCGAAUUGCCCAGCAGAAAGAGAUGGCAUUGGCACGCCGACUGGCUAAGGAAGCCCAGAACACUCAAAAGUCUCUGUUGGAAGGGGUGUCUGCUCCUGCUGCAAACCUUUCGUCGAUAGGCAAGAGUGAUUAUGCUCAAGGAGUUGGAGAGACCGCACCGGAGGCUCUUACUAGCGGCUCAUCGGCUAUCUAUUCUGACUCAAUACGUGGAGUUAAACGAGGGAAUAGAGUUACAGACGAGCAAAUUGAUGAACUAGCAGUGGAGCACGGAUGGGUGUCGGUGCGAAAGCGUCCCGUCCCAGGCCAAAGCUUCGGCCAGGUUGCGAGCUAUCCCACCAGUACGAGGGGAUGGAGUCCGGGAAUGGGUUCGGCCCCGGAUACAAAUCAACCCCCCAGCGAGACAUCUGAAGACGCCGCGGACAAAGUGAACGAGGGAGUUCAAACUGCGAAGCUGGAUUGGCAGAAGCCCAAGCCGAAAAUCAAACUAUCUAAGCAGCAACUGAAGGUUCUUAAAGCUAUAUCGAUAGGGGAUUCUGUGUUUUUAACUGGAUCUGCCGGCACUGGAAAGAGUUUUGUGCUGGAGUUUGCCAUUAGAGUUCUUAAAGCGAAGUAUGGUGCUAGUUCAGUGUACGUCACCGCCUCUACGGGCCUGGCUGCAUGUGCGUUGGGUGGCACGACCGUCCAUUCGUUUGCAGGAGUGGGUUUGGGAACGGGGAACAAGGAAUCUCUUGUUGAUAAAGUGAAGAGCAGGAGAGAAUCCCGGACCCGCUGGCAGUCUGCUAAGGCACUUGUAGUCGAUGAAAUCAGCAUGAUUGAUGGUGAAUUUUUUGAUAAGCUGGAUUAUGUUGGUAGAAUUGUGAGGAAGGAUUCUCGACCUUUCGGUGGUAUACAGCUCGUAGUAACCGGGGACUUCUAUCAACUGCCGCCCGUGAAUCCUGAAAACCCUGUAAAGUACUUCGCAUUUGAAGCCGAGUGCUGGAACAGGUGCUUUCAUCUUCAGGUAGAGCUGCUACAUGUUUUCCGCCAAGCCGAUGAGGAAUUUGUUGCUCUACUGAACGAAAUUCGACGUGGAGGAUGUUCCUCUGAACACGAAGAAAAGCUUCGGAAAUGCUCUGGGCCUGUCGAUCAGUCAUCUGGGAUUGCACUUACUCGCUUGUAUCCCCGCAAGGUCGAUGUCAGCCGGGAAAAUGAGCAGAACUUGCGAGCUCUUAACCAGCCAACUGUCAUGUUCAUCGCGAAGGACGAGGCACGAACCGAGUUUGCGAAGAGGCAGCUGGAUAAUGUGAGGGUUGAAGCAAUAGUCGCCCUCUCAGUUGGUGCUCAGGUCAUGCUGGCAAAGAAUUUGGAAACAAGUGUUGGUCUUGUCAAUGGAGCAAGGGGUGUGGUUGUGGGAUUUUCCACACCAGAUGACCCUCGUGCUUCGGAAGUAAACAAAGCUCACCUAUCUGUUAACCCCACCGGAUCAUGGCCUCUUGUAAAGUUUGCUUGUGACAACGUGGAAAGGUUGGUGGCACCCGAAAGUUGGAGUAUUCUCGAGGGGGAUCUGGAAGUGGCGAAAAGGACACAGGUGCCACUUUCUCUAGCCUGGGCUUUGAGCGUUCAUAAGUGUCAGGGAAUGACCUUAGACAGGGUUGAGACAGAUCUUUCGAGGGCUUUUGAUUAUGGCAUGGUUUAUGUGGCCCUUUCUCGUGUGAAGAGCCUCCAAGGGUUAAAACUCACAGGGUUUGAUCCAACUAAAAUCAGAGUCCAUCCAAAGGUGGCUCACUUUUACGAAAACUUGGAGACUGGUACUGAAGCUCCCCGGGAAAUUGAUCUAGAUGACUAACUCCAACCUCGACUUCAAAGUAAGAGGCCUAUCCCUGAGCCAAAUUUUAUCUCUCCUAGUCACAAGGUAAACGGUCGGCAUCUCGGCGAUCUCUAUGCAAGGGCUCAGCAAUCAAAGGGGGGUUUUGGAGCCUCACGCUUCGGAUUGUAAAGAUUGCAACAUGGCUCAUAGAGCUAAAGUUGUACGAGAUGCCUGUACGAUAAGAUUAUGGGGAGUUGUCGCCUCCUUUCUGCCAGUAAAUCGUGUAUGCAAUGUACAUAAGGAUAGCCAUAUCGCGGAGGAAAUUCACCUGCACUUGUGCCAUGCAGAGUUCUCAUACCACUCUUCUCGUUACUGAACGGUAUGUUCAAGUCCUUUCGGGAUGCCGUUGUCUUUUACCCAAUCGAUAUUUGUUGUAUAUCUUUUGUUCACCUUCUCCUGAUCCUUUGUUAGGAUUAUUUUUUCCUUCUGGCACAGUGCCAGCUAGGUGAUUGAAUCGCUGUAUCUGUACCAAGUAGGAGGUUAGGAGUAGAGUUUAUGACGCAAUUUAUAUCGGCAUUUUUAUCGAACAGUGCACGUUCGAUAUUUGUAAUGAGUAAUAAUCUUCCGAAUUUUUUUUUGAGGAAGAUGGGAACAAGACCAUUUUUGAGGACGUGGUGUGAGCCAACUCUGAAAUUUUGACAGGAUUUCAGAAAUACUCGGCCCUGCUUUUGCCCAGAAGAAAAUGAGUUAAAUUUCAAAAGUUCGUGUUUGGAAGU